GGUGUUCGAUAUGACCUAGCCGCUAUGCAAUAUCGGUUUGGAUUAUUUUAACAAAUAAAGCCUAGUUUCGCUUCUAAUGAAAACUAGAACAAUGUGCGUUGAUAGAUUUAGGUGAAAAUGUUCACAGCAGCCCGACAUGUGCGACGGUAGCAGGGGCGUUUAACUAGCUAGCCAGGCCGAGAACAACAGAGCGCCGUGGACUAGCUUUACACUGAGGGUGGGGGCUAAAAUAAGCUAAUUUGGCUAGCUAGCGUCAGUAAUUUAGCGAACGUUAGCUUACUGGUCAGUUGCAGGGCACUAGUGCGUCAGAGACCUCGCUCUCCAUUUGCUCCUACUGCCCUUUUCACCUCGCUGAGGAGGCUCUUUUAGCCGGAGCUGUGGGGGGGUGGACAGGAGCCCCGUGGCUGUCCAGGCGGACGGAUCCCGCAGACAGGCGGAGGGAGAGCUUGGAGAAGAACCAUGGCUGAAAUCUCCACCCUAACCCCUUCACCUCCUGCAUUAGUUGACUCUCGUGGUGCGCCAGCCAUCCCUCCACCCUCUGCAACUGUCCUUGUCCCAGAGCCCACGAAAGAAGUAAACAUUCCCAAAUCUUGUCUUUACAAUGACAAAGCUUUGAUCAGAAACACCCCUGAAACCCCAGCAACAGAGGGUUCACCUCUGGUUUCCCAAACACUGAUGCAAGCUCCACCCCCAAGUUCCCCAAAUCCCCAAUCAGCAGGGGUUGUAGCUAAGGAAACUGAGCCCCCCUCAAAGGACGAGACACAGAGUGAGGCGGUGGUGGGAAAUCCUACAGAUGCUGGAAUAGCACCAAUGCAGGCUAUAAAGCAGAAGAGCAGUGACCCGGGUGCUGGGGACCUCCCAAAUGCCACACCAGAGAGCCCUGCUCAGCUAAAGGAGCCAUCAGCUCAGAGCGCAGUGCAACACGAGUCCCUCUCCCACAGUCUUAAUCCAGGGCCUAAUCUCUACCCCAGUGUGCAUGUCACCCACAACCCUAAUCUGAGCAUUGAUGAUGCUCAAUUUACAAUGGCCGAACCCCAGACAAAUCCAGUGUCAGAUCUUAUACCUGCUCCAAAAGGCUCCAACGAAACAAUAACGGUAACAUCACCAAUAGCAGCAGCAGUGGCAGAAGAACAGAACCCCCUGCUCCCACAACAAGCCCCAAACCCUCAAACACCGUCGCCCAAUCAAUCUCCAAAACCUGACACUCCCAGUGAGGCUUGGAAAGAUGAAGUGUCCAUCACUCCCUGCAGAGCAGAGCACCCUAGCCCCCCAGUCCCGGUGAUCCAUGAGCCAACUUUCCCGAUGCCCAGCCCAAAGCCCCGGCCAGCCCCUGACACACUUAGCUACUUGGAGUCAGCCAGCUUAAUGUCGGGGACAUUGGAGUCCUUGUCCGGGCUGGGAGAGGACGGGAGCUCUGUGGGCUCCGACUCUGAGAUCAAUGGCCUGACUGUGAGACGCACUGAUAAAUAUGGCUUCCUUGGGGGGAGUCAGUACAGUGAAAGCAGUGAUAAGGAGGUUCGAGUUGAGGUUGCCAGACAAAGAGAGAUGAAAUGGAUUGACAUGUUUAACAACUGGGACAAAUGGGUUAAACAUCGUUUUCAAAAGGUGAAAAUACGCUGUAGGAAGGGGAUUCCAUCAUCUCUCAGGGCCAAAGCCUGGCAGCUUCUAUCCAACAGUGAAGAGCUCCUGAAUGCCAACCCUAGGAAGUUUGAGGAGCUAGAGAGAGAGCAAGGAGAGGCUAAAUGGCUGGACAUCAUAGAAAAGGACCUACACAGGCAGUUUCCCUUCCAUGAGAUGUUUGCUGCUCGUGGUGGACAUGGGCAACAGGAUCUAUACCGGAUUCUGAAGGCCUACACCAUUUACCGGCCUGAAGAGGGCUAUUGCCAGGCCCAGGCACCGGUAGCUGCAGUCCUGCUCAUGCACAUGCCAGCUGAACAAGCCUUCUGGUGCCUGGUUCAGAUAUGCGAGAAGUAUCUUCCAGGCUACUACAGUGCUGGCUUGGAAGCAAUCCAGUUAGACGGAGAGAUUUUCUUCUCCCUACUGCGGCGCACAUGUCCUAUGGCGUACCGCCAUCUUAAGAAGUUCAAGAUCGACCCGAUUCUCUACAUGACCGAGUGGUUCAUGUGCAUCUUCUCACGCACUCUACCAUGGUCCUGCGUACUGCGUGUUUGGGAUAUGUUCUUCUGUGAAGGGGUGAAGAUAGUCUUUCGUGUGGGCCUGGUGCUGUUGAGGCAGAUGCUGGGCUCUGUGGAUAAGCUUCGGGAACUACAGGGCAUGUAUGAAACCAUGGAGCGCCUCAGGAACAUCUCACCUGACUCUGUCAGAGAGGAUACAUUGGUACAGGAGAUCGUCUCCCUUCCGGUGACGGAGGCCCUAAUUGAGAGGGAGUGUAGCAUCCAGGUGAGAAAAUGGAGGGAGUCCAGAGGGGAACUAACUCACCAGCCAGGCCGCCGGCUACAUGGGACACGGGCCAUCCAUGAGCACAAACGCCGUGCUGCUGCCAUCAGCUCGGGGGGCAGCUUCUCUUUCCUGGGCAGCUCGAUCCCUCCACCAGGGCCUCUCAGGGCCUCCUCCAGCCUCCUUUCUCUCACUGGUCUCCGCAAGGCCAAGAGUCCUUUCCAUACCCAAACCAAGAAGGGCUCCUUCUCAGGGCCCUUUGGAGUAGAGGGCCUGUCACUUCAGCCGCACUCUGCAGCAAUGUCAAGCCCAAGAAGAGCCCCUAUGGGGAAGCCACCUAUUCCAGUAGCCCAUUUUCAGUACCCCUUAGUUGGGGCAGCAUUGGGCAGAUCAUCUGAACCUGCUCAGACCAUAGAAAACACCUCAACACAAGGCCAGCCAGGCGCUUCAGUCCCAACCCAACACCCUCCAACCAAUCUCCUGUCCCCCAGCCCCAAGAUAGUCUCUGAGCAAAUCAUGCCCACCAUCCCCUCUCCCACUGCCAACAAUGCCCCUCUGCCCCCCUGCCCAGACCCCAAAAAGGAGGCAGCGGCAGCAACGGCUGGAGAGGAUGAAGGGAAGAAAAAGAAGAAGAGCAAAGAGAACAAAAAGAAGGAAAAGGUAGAUGAGAAGCAGAAACUGAAGGAGAAGAAAGAGAAGGAGAAGGCUGAGAAGAAGGAGAAGGAGAGGCUAGAGAAGGAGAAGAAGAAAGAGAAAGCCGGUAAGAAGAAGGACAAAGGAGGAGGAGAGGCUGAAGAGAAGAAUGGAGCUGCAGCGCCAAACGAUUUGGCCUAAUUUCUGUCCUUGUCAUUCCAGCAGAAUGAAAAGGGCUGGCGAUUUGAAAGAGGGAAAAAAAGAGGCCAGGGGAACAAAAGACCCCAAGAAGCAAAAGUAAUUAAAAAAAAAAUAAGUAGAAGAAGAAGGGUAAUGGCUUUCUGUAUAGCACACCAUGUUGGAGACUUACUGUAGUCCCAAGAUUAUGACAGACAUAACUGGAACUUUGGUUUUAAUAGCACCUGGAGGUGGGUGGGAUUUUUUUAUUUUUUUUUUUAUUUAUUUUUUUUUUGACUCCAACCCCCCGAUACCUUCUUUGUUAAUGAGUUUUGCUGAGAUAGGAUGAGUUUCCUUUUGCAACUGGAGCAUGGGCUGUGAGGCUCUUGACCAUCUCAGAGCUCAGAAGAUAACAUCCGUUAGACUAUCUCUUAUUGAUUUAUUUUCUUGUUGUUUGAAUUACAUUUUCAAUUUUUAUUCUUUUUUUUUCUUUUUUUAACCAAGAGGACUAGAAGUGGAUUGACAACAUUGAAUGAAGGAAUCAUUUGACUUAGGAUUUGAGGGGAAAUAGUUUUUUUUUUUUUGUGCCAUGGAAGUUGUAAAUAGAGAAUCUACCUAACAUAGAAUCUUCUCAGCACCCCAUUCA